AUGGCUUCGAAGAGUUCAGACAGAAUCGAGGUCGACCCGGUCGAAUUCCGGGAACCCUCAGUAUUGUUGCCGACGAGUAGUCCCAGUUCCGAAGAGAGUUUUACCAAGGAGGAUGAGGUACGAGAAGUUGUUGAUCCGAAGCUUGCGCGCAGAGUAAAAUGGAAGCUCGACUUAUUCAUCCUACCACUCUUGUCCAGCGUCUACUUCUUCGCUACGAUGGGUAAAUCCGAUCUCGGUAAUGCUAAGAUUGCCGGCCUCACCGAAGAAAUGAAUCUCAGCCCCGGAGACUACUCGAAUGCGGCGACGAUAUUUCUGGUGGCGACGAUUAUUUUCCAGCUCCCGGGGACUCUCUUGAUCAAAAAGAUUCACCCGAAUAGGCAGUUUGCCGGAGCUAUGAUAGUGUGGGGAGUCUUGACUGCCUUAACCGUUAUAGCUAAGAACGGCGCCCAAUUACUCGUGAUACGGUUUUUCAUCGGAGCGGCGGAGUCAUUCGUUCAGGGCGGCAUCUUCUAUCUUUCAUUUUGGUACCAGUACUCGGAAUACGCGACCCGUGGAGCCGUUCUUUCGUCUAUGUCUACCAUCGCAGGUGCAUUUAACGGUCUUAUCGCCUAUGCCAUUGUGAAGGAUCUAGAUGGCGCAAACGGGUGGAGAGCAUGGCGGUGGAUAUUUCUCAUCGAGGGUGUCGUACCUAUCGGCUUCUCUUUCAUCGUCUUGUUCUUCCUACCUAGCAGCCCACAGGGGGUUCGUUGGGGCUUCACCGAGGAAGAGAAGCAACAUAUCGUCCAGAGGAGCGCACGAGCUCAUAACACUGCCGAGUCAGAGCAGACAAUCAAGAUUAGCCAUAUCUGGAAGAUCAUGCUGGACGUUCACUUCUGGCUCUUCAUGCUAGUCGGUUGUGCAAGUUCCUUCUGUCAGGGGUCCCUAUCCAAUUUUCUGCCGGAUAUCAUUUCAGGCUUUGGAUACAGCGAUGUGAGCGCGCAGCUUUUCACCGUCAUCGUCUACGUGUGUGGCUGCGUCGGAAUUAUCUUCUUCAGCAGGAUUGCAGAUAUCACCAACGCCCGAGGCAUCGUCCUAGCCUCAACUACGGUAGGCGCAGUGAUAGGCUACGCCGCCUUGAUCUGGGUCACGAACCGCAAUGUCCGAUUCGCAGCUACGUGUCUCGUCGCGUUUUCCAUGUACCCGAGCACUGUGUUACAACUAUCGUGGGGUGCUAUGUCUUUCGUCGGCUACACGCGAAGAGGCUCCAUGUUGGCAUUCUUCAACAUAUUCCCGCAUAUAUUCGCUAUUUCAGGAACCCAGGCCUACCAAGACCCACCCUACUAUAGCAAAGGGAACGCUGCAGCCCUUGGAAUGUCUAUUCUGAUGCUCCUUUCAUCAAUAGGACUUCGGUGUUAUCUCGGCUACUUGAACAAGAAGAAGAAGGCGAACCAAUUCUCUGACGAGGCCGCCAUUAUGAGAGAGAAGAGCAUAGAGGAAAUUGGUGACCACCACCCAGACUUCUUCUAUACUCUUUAG